CGCUCGAGCUCAUCCUCAAGCUCUAGCUCUUCUUCCUCGAAAACAAGCUCGAGCUCUACAUCCACGAGGGCCUCAUCCACUUCGUCAUCUUUGAGCGUGCCAUCGAUGCUCUCACUUUAUGCAAAGAACAUCAUGCUCGACUCUGAGUUCCUCUCGGAUAUCGCGAUUGGUAGCAACAACGACGUGGUCAGUGUCAUCAUGGAUACUGGUUCGGCUGACUUGUGGAUGUUUUCGACAGAGUGCCAGACGUGCCAGACGACCAGCCCACACAAGUACUAUCGUCCACGAGACUCGACCACAUUUUACAACUCCUCGACUACCUUUGAGCUUCGCUAUGGCGAUGGCUCGUAUACUGCAGGUACAGUCGGUUCCGAUACUGUCACUGUAGCUGGUGCUCCCAUUCAGGGUCAGUCUAUCGACGUUCCCUGGCACAUCUCGGCAAAUCUGCUCAGCAACGCCAUGGACGGCAUCAUGGGUCUUGGCUUCCCGAGCCUGUCCCAAAUCAGAAUGCCGACGCCAUUGUCCAACAUGCUCACACAAAAGAUUAUCCCAAAGGCUGUCUUGGGUCUGCAGUACAUCAAGACUCGUCAGUGGAGUUACGAGGGCGGUGGUGGCGCUUGGACUUUUGGUGGUUGGGACACGAGCGCAAUUGUCGGUGCUUUGACAUGGGUUGACAUUACUGAACCCGUUUACUGGAAGAUCAACUUGCCCAAGGUGAGGGUCGGUAGUGUCUAUGAGUAUGUUCCUACUCAGCAGGUCAUUGUUGAUUCCGGUACCACACUCAUUUUGCUCGACCCGACUUCGGUGGCCAACAUUCACAAGUACUUGCCUGGUGGACGACUGUCCGCUACAGAUGGAACUGGUCAUUGGCAAAUCUUUUGCAAUGCCACGUCUGACUACUAUACCGGAUCACGAAACGUCUACUUUUCGAUUGGUGGCAAAGACUGGGGCGUGCCUGCCAGAGAUUUGGCAUGGUACCCAGAGCAAGCUUACCCAGGAUACUGCUACUCACUCAUUCAACCUUGGGGCGAAUCCUUUGGCAUUCUUGGUGUGGCGUUCUUGAAGAAUGUCUAUGCCGUCUUUGAUCAAGACAGAGCCAAGUUUGGUCUAGGUACU